GAUUCCCAGGACCAAACAUGUCCUUUCAAAAUGUCAUUAUCACAAUACGUUGUUAGUUACUCUGUAAUAAUUCAACAUAUGCACCAAUGGGUUUACUGUCGUAUCAUUCUAGGGAGACAACUCCUUUGCUCCCCCUAUCUGUAGUCAAUGGUUAAAACAAGGGGGUAGUGCACGGUUGCAUUAUGGGAAAAAUAGUUUUUAACGGGACCUUUCCAAUGAAAUGCAUAACAUUUGAACAUCGAGUCCCACAAUCCAUUGUGCGCAUAAAGCCCAAGAGCCAGCAUUGCGGCGUCUUGACAGCAGCAGUCAGCGACUGUCCGGUUCGGAGGGCGCUGUUGCAGUGUAAUUCUAUCACGUCAUUCUCUUUUCUUUGACAAGUCAGUCUCGCAGUGAACGAGUCGCCGCUGACCGCUUCGCAGAAUGUCCGACGGCGGCGGGGCGGAUGAAAACUCCGGCACAAUGGAGGUUUCUGCUGUCCAGACAGUCGCCGACCCAUUGCUGCUUCAGAAGCAUAUUCGCAAACUAGUGCCGCUGCUUCUGGAAGAUGGCGGCGAGGCCCCGGCUUCGCUGGAAACCGCCCUAGAGGAGAAGAGUGCCGUGGAGCAGAUGAGGAAAUUCCUCUCUGACCCUCAAAUUCACACCGUCCUGGUCGAGAGAAGUGCACUUAAAGAGGAUGUUGGCGAUGAAGGUGAAGAGGAAAAAGAGUGCAUUACCUACAACAUCAGCAUUGACAUACACUAUGGCAUCAAGUCCAACAGCUUGGCUCUAAUCAAGAGGACAGGAGUCAUUGAUGCAGACAAACCAAUCUCUACCCAAGUUCGUGUUCUGACCCUGAGCGAAGAUUCUCCUUACGAAACUCUCCACUCUUUCAUCAGCAAUGCUGUUGCACCUUUCUUCAAGUCCUAUAUCCGUGAGUCUGGAAAGGCAGACAGAGAUGGCGAUAAGAUGGCUCCCUCUGUGGAGAAGAAGAUUGCCGAGCUGGAGAUGGGACUUCUGCACCUGCAGCAGAACAUUGAGAUUCCGGAAAUCAACCUGCUCAUCCACCUGAGCAUUGCAAACGUUGCCAAGCAGUGCUACGAGCGUGGAGAGAAGCCCAAGGUCACGGACUUUGGCGACAAAGUUGAAGAUCCAACUUUCCUGAAUCAACUCCAAUCAGGAGUCAACCGAUGGAUCAGAGAAAUCCAAAAGGUUACAAAACUUGACCGUGACCCUGCUUCUGGUACCGCCUUGCAAGAGAUAAGCUUCUGGUUGAAUCUGGAACGAGCUCUCAACAGGAUACAGGAGAAGAGGGAGAGCCCAGAGGUUCUGCUCACCCUGGAUAUUCUCAAACACGGAAAGCGUUUCCACGCUACAGUCAGCUUUGACACAGACACCGGUUUAAAGCAGGCUGUGGAAACAGUCAACGACUACAACCCUCUGAUGAAGGACUUCCCUCUCAAUGACCUGCUCUCUGCCUCUGAGCUCGACAAGAUCCGUCAGGCUCUUAUGGCAAUAUUCACUCACCUCAAAAAAAUUAGAAACACCAAGUAUCCCAUCCAGAGAGCUCUGCGUCUGGUCGAGGCCAUCUCCAGAGACCUAAGUUCUCAGCUUCUCAAGGUUCUUGGCACAAGGAAGCUCAUGCACAUUGCCUAUGAAGAAUUUGAAAAGGUGAUGGUGGCCUGCUUCGAGGUGUUCCAGACCUGGGAGGAUGAGUAUGAGAAACUCCAGGUGCUUCUCAGGGACAUUGUGAAGCGAAAGCGAGAGGAGAACCUGAAGAUGGUUUGGCGCCUCAGUCCUGCUCACAGGAAGCUGCAGUCACGACUGGAUCACAUGAGACGUUUCAGAAGACAGCACGAGCAGCUGAGAGCUGUCAUUGUCCGUGUGCUCAGACCUCAGGUUUCUGCUGUGCCUCAGCAUACUCCUGGAGAGACAGUUGAGCCACAGGACAUGAAGGUAGCAGGAGUCCUGUUUGAUGCAGCUGAUGCCAAUGCUAUUGAAGAGGUCAACCUGGCAUAUGAGAAUGUCAAAGAGGUCGAUGGUUUGGAUGUCUCCAAGGAGGGCAUGGAAGCCUGGGAAGCUGCUAUGAAACGCUACGAUGAACGCAUCGAUCGCGUGGAGACCCGUAUCACUGCUCGCCUGCGUGAUCAGCUGGGAACUGCCAAGAAUGCCAACGAGAUGUUCCGCAUCUUCUCCCGCUUCAAUGCACUGUUUGUGCGUCCUCACAUCCGUGGCGCCAUCCGAGAAUACCAGACACAGCUAAUCCAACGGGUGAAGGAUGACAUAGAGUCCUUGCAUGACAAAUUCAAGGUGCAGUAUCCACAGAGCCAAGCCUGCAAGAUGAGCCAUGUCCGCGACCUGCCACCUGUGUCUGGAUCCAUUAUCUGGGCCAAGCAGAUCGACCGACAGCUGACUGCAUACAUGAAGAGGGUGGAAGAUGUCCUGGGAAAGGGCUGGGAGAAUCACGUGGAGGGGCUGAAGCUGAAGCAGGAUGGAGACAGCUUCAGGGCCAAACUCAACACUCAGGAGAUCUUUGACGAUUGGGCCCGUAAAGUGCAGCAGCGCAACCUUGGAGUCUCGGGCCGCAUCUUCACUAUCGAGAGCACACGUGCCAGAGGACGCACUGGAAACAUGCUGAAGCUCAAAGUCAACUUCCUUCCAGAGAUCAUCACUUUGUCCAAAGAAGUCCGCAACCUCAAGUGGCUCAGCUUCCGUGUUCCUCUGGCCAUCGUCAACAAAGCCCAUCAGGCCAACCAGCUGUAUCCAUUUGCCAUCUCAUUGAUUGAGAGCGUUCGUACCUAUGAGCGCACAUGUGAGAAGGUGGAGGAGAGGUCUUCUAUCUCAUUACUGGUGGCUGGACUGAAGAAGGAGGUUCAGGCACUCAUCAAUGAAGGUGUCCUUCUGGUCUGGGAGUCCUACAAGCUGGACCCUUAUGUUCAGAGGCUGGCUGAGACAGUGUUCAACUUCCAGGAAAAGGUGGAUGACCUCUUGCUGAUCGAGGAGAAAAUAGACCUGGAGGUUCGCUCCCUGGACACUUGCAUGUUUGACCACAAGACUUUCACUGACAUCCUUAACCGAGUACAGAAGGCGGUGGAUGACCUUAACCUGCACUCCUAUUCCAACCUGCCCAUUUGGGUCAACAAACUGGACAUUGAGAUUGAACGUAUCCUGGGAGUCCGUCUGCAGGCUGGUCUUAAGGCCUGGACUCAGGUGCUCCGUGGCCAGGUGGAGGACAAGGCUGAUGUAGACAUGGACACAGAGGCUCCACAAGUGAGCCACAAACCUGGAGGGGAGCCCAAGAUUAAGAACGUUGUCCAUGAGCUGAGAAUCACAAACCAGGUCAUCUAUCUGAAUCCACCCAUCGAAGACUGUCGCUACAAACUCUACCAGGAGAUGUUUGCUUGGAAGAAUGUCAUCAUUUCUCUUCCCAGGAUUCAGAGUCAGAGAUACCAGGUGGGUGUCCACUAUGAGCUGUCAGAGGAAGAGAAGUUCUACAGAAAUGCCCUGACCAGAAUGCCUGAUGGUCCUGCAGCCAUUGAGGAGGCCUACAAUGCAGUUGAAGACAUUGUAGGUGAGGUGGAGCAAUACGUCAAGGUGUGGCUACAGUACCAGUGUCUGUGGGACAUGCAGGCUGAAAACAUCUACAACCGUCUGGGUGAAGAUCUUACCAAGUGGCAGGCCCUGCUGGUCCAAAUCCGAAAAGCACGAGGGACAUUUGACAACGCAGAGACCCGGAAAGAGUUUGGUCCUGUGGUCAUCGACUAUGGAAAGGUCCAAUCAAAGGUCAACCUGAAAUAUGACUCGUGGCACAAAGAAGUCCUCAGCAAGUUUGGUCAGAUGCUUGGACAGAACAUGCAGGAUUUCCAUGCCCAGAUCUCAAAGUCACGUCAAGAUCUGGAGCAACACUCCGUGGACACGGCCAGCACUUCUGAUGCUGUCAACUUCAUCACUUACGUCCAGACACUGAAGCGCAAGAUAAAGCAGUUUGAGAAAAAUGUCGAUCUCUUCCGUAAUGGACAGCGUCUGCUGGAGAAGCAGAGAUUCCAGUUCCCGCCCUCUUGGCUCUACAUUGACAACAUUGAAGGCGAAUGGGGCGCCUUCAGUGACAUCAUGAAACGCAAGGACACUGCCAUCCAGCAGCAGGUGGCCAACCUGCAGAUGAAGAUCGUCCAGGAGGACAAAGCUGUGGAGAACCGAACCACUGACCUGCUCAACGACUGGGAGAAGACCAAACCAACUGCUGGAAACCUGCGUCCAGAGGAGGCUCUUCAGUCUCUGACCAUCUACGAAGGCAACUUCAGCCGCCUGAAGGUUGAGAGGGAGAAGUGCGCUCGUGCCAAGGAGGCAUUGGACCUGACUGAUACUGGUCUGUUCAGUGCCAGUGAGGAGAGAGUGCAGGUUGCCCUGGAAGAGCUGCAGGACCUGAAGGAGGUGUGGUCUGAGCUCUCCAAGGUCUGGGAGCAAAUUGAUCAAAUGAAGGAGCAGCCGUGGGUGUCUGUGCAGCCACGCAAGGUAAGUUAUUCAGUCUGAUCACUCAGAAUGUCUUUAUGUUUUAGUCUGGCCUGUGUGUUACAAUACGCAUCCUAUGAGUAUGUGCAGAGGCUGCUCAAAGGAUACCUGAAGAUCAACAUGUUGGUGAUUGAGCUGAAAUCAGAGGCACUCAAAGAUCGCCACUGGAAGCAGCUGAUGAAGCGUCUGCAUGUGAACUGGGUCCUGUCUGAGCUGACCCUGGGACAGAUCUGGGACGUGGAUCUUCAGAAGAAUGAAAUGGUGGUAAAGGAUGUCCUCCUGGUCGCCCAAGGAGAGAUGGCUCUGGAGGAAUUCCUCAAACAGAUCCGUGAAGUGUGGAACUCGUAUGAGCUGGACCUGGUCAACUAUCAGAACAAGUGCCGUCUGAUCAGAGGAUGGGAUGACCUCUUCAACAAGGUCAAAGAACACAUCAACAGUGUGUCCGCCAUGAAGCUUUCUCCCUACUACAAGGUCUUUGAGGAGGAUGCACUCAGCUGGGAGGACAAGCUAAAUCGCAUCAUGGCCUUGUUUGAUGUCUGGAUUGAUGUCCAGCGUCGCUGGGUUUACCUGGAGGGUAUCUUCACUGGCAGUGCUGACAUCAAGCAUCUGCUGCCAGUGGAAACCCAGAGGUUCCAGAGCAUCAGCACAGAGUUCCUGGCUCUGAUGAAGAAAGUGACAAAGUCUCCUCUGGUGAUGGAUGUGCUGAACAUUCAGGGAGUACAGAGGUCUCUGGAGCGUCUGGCCGACCUUUUGGGAAAAAUCCAGAAGGCUCUGGGAGAAUAUCUGGAGAGAGAAAGAUCCUCUUUCCCAAGGUUCUAUUUCGUGGGAGACGAAGACUUGCUGGAAAUCAUCGGCAACAGCAAGAAUGUGGCCAAACUGCAGAAGCACUUCAAGAAAAUGUUCGCUGGCGUCUCCAGCAUCCUCCUGAACGAGGACAACACCGAGGUGCUGGGAAUCUCUUCCAGGGAGGGUGAGGAGAUUAUGUACAAGACACCAGUCUCCAUCACAAAGCACCCCAAGAUCAACGAGUGGCUGACGCUGGUGGAGAAAGAGAUGAGGGUGACAUUGGCCAAGCUGCUGGCUGAGUCUGUCACAGAGGUGACGGCUUUCAACAAGGGCGCAGCCAUCGACUUGACCCAGUACAUUGACUGGAUCGAUCGAUACCAGGCCCAGCUGGUGGUGCUUUCUACCCAGAUUGCCUGGUCUGAGAACAUCGAAACUGCUCUCACCACCAUCAGUGGAGGUGGGGACAUGUCACCCAUGCAUGACGUGCUGUCCAUUGUGGAAGCCACUCUCAAUGUGUUGGCAGACACUGUGCUGAUGGAGCAGCCUCCACUCCGCAGGAGGAAACUGGAGCAUCUAAUUACUGAAAUGGUGCAUCAGCGUGACGUGACCAGGACUUUGAUCAAAAACAAGAUCGACAACCCCAAGUCCUUCGAUUGGCUCAGCCAGAUGCGCUUCUACUUUGACCCCAAGCAGACGGACGUCCUUCAGCAGCUGUCCAUCCAGAUGGCCAAUGCCAAGUUCAACUAUGGCUUCGAGUACCUGGGUGUCCAGGACAAGCUUGUCCAGACACCACUGACAGACCGAUGCUACUUGACCAUGACCCAAGCCCUGGAGGCUCGCCUUGGAGGAUCACCAUUUGGCCCCGCUGGUACUGGCAAGACAGAGUCUGUGAAAGCCCUCGGUCAUCAACUUGGCCGCUUUGUCCUGGUCUUCAACUGUGACGAGACGUUUGACUUCCAGGCCAUGGGUCGGAUCUUCGUGGGUCUUUGUCAGGUGGGAGCCUGGGGCUGCUUUGACGAGUUCAACCGACUGGAGGAGAGGAUGCUGUCUGCUGUCUCACAGCAGGUCCAGUACAUCCAGGUGGCUUUGAGGGAACACAUCAACCCCAACAGAGACAGGAGUGUGCCUGUGACUACUGAGCUCCUAAACAAGCAGGUGAAGGUCAGCCCAGACAUGGCCAUCUUCAUCACCAUGAACCCUGGCUAUGCCGGCCGCUCCAACCUGCCUGACAAUCUGAAGAAACUCUUCCGCAGUUUGGCCAUGACUAAGCCAGACCGCCAGCUGAUUGCACAGGUCAUGCUCUACUCUCAAGGUUUCCGCACUGCGGAAAUCUUGGCCAAGAAGAUUGUGCCCUUCUUCAAGCUCUGUGAUGAACAGCUGUCAUCUCAGAGUCACUACGACUUUGGUCUGCGAGCCCUGAAGAGUGUGCUGAUCAGUGCAGGCAAUGUCAAGCGUGAACGCAUUCAGAAAAUCAAAAGGGAGAAGCUGGAGCGUGGAGAGAUCGUUGAUGAGAAUGACAUAGCUGAGAACCUUCCUGAACAGGAGAUCCUGAUCCAGAGUGUUUGCGAGACCAUGGUUCCCAAGCUGGUGGCCGAGGACAUCCCUCUGCUUUUCAGCCUGCUGUCAGAUGUCUUCCCUGGAGUCCAGUACCACAGAGGAGAGAUGACCGCUCUGAGAGAGGAACUGAAGAAAGUCUGCACAGAGAUGUACCUCACCUAUGGAGAUGGUGACGAUGUGGGCAGCAUGUGGGUGGAGAAGGUGCUCCAACUUUACCAGAUCACACAGAUCAACCAUGGUCUGAUGAUGGUGGGACCUUCAGGCAGUGGGAAAACAAUGGCAUGGAGAGUCCUGCUCAAGGCCCUGGAGAGGCUAGAAGGCGUGGAGGGCGUGGCCUACAUCAUCGACCCUAAGGCCAUUAGCAAAGACCACUUGUAUGGAACUCUGGAUCCAAACACUCGUGAAUGGACUGAUGGACUGUUCACACACGUUCUCAGGAAGAUCAUCGACAAUGUUCGUGGUGAACUCCAGAAGCGUCAGUGGAUUAUCUUUGAUGGAGAUGUGGAUCCAGAGUGGGUUGAAAAUCUCAACUCAGUCCUUGAUGACAAUAAGCUGCUCACUCUGCCAAAUGGAGAGCGUCUCAGCUUACCACCAAAUGUGCGUGUGAUGUUUGAAGUACAGGACCUCAAAUACGCCACUCUGGCCACUGUGUCUCGCUGCGGUAUGGUCUGGUUCAGCGAGGAUGUCCUAAGCACUGACAUGGUCUUCAACAACUUCCUGGCUCGCAUUCGCAGCAUCCCGCUGGACGAGGGUGAGGACGAAGCUCAGCGCAUGAGGAAAGGAACAGAGGAUGAGGAAGAGUCUGCAUCCCCAAUGUUACAGAUCCAGCGUGAUGUUGCAGUUAUUCUGCAGCCCUACUUCACAUCCACUGGCCUGGUCAUCAAGGCCCUGGAACAUGCAUCCAAGAUGGAGCACAUCAUGGACUUCACUCGCCUGCGCUGCAUGGGUUCUCUGUUCUCGAUGUUGCACCAGGCCUGUCGUAACGUGGCUCUGUACAACAACAACCACCCUGACUUCCCAAUGCCCAUUGAUCAGCUGGAGAGAUACAUGCAGCGGUAUCUCAUCUAUGCCGUGCUGUGGUCCUUCUCUGGUGAUGGUAGGCUGAAGAUGAGGGCGGAGCUCGGUGAAUACAUCCGUCGCAUCACCACUGUGCCUCUGCCCACGGCUCCCAAUGUUCCCAUCAUUGACUAUGAGGUGUGCAUCUCAGGUGAAUGGCAGUCCUGGCAGGUCAAAGUGCCUCAGAUUGAGGUGGAGACCCACAAAGUUGCAUCCCCAGAUGUUGUGGUUCCCACCCUGGACACUGUUCGUCAUGAAGCUUUGCUUUACACAUGGCUAGCAGAACACAAACCACUGGUACUGUGUGGUCCUCCUGGAUCAGGAAAGACCAUGACCCUGUUCAGUGCACUCAGAGCCCUGCCAGAUAUGGAGGUUGUUGGUCUGAACUUCUCCAGUGCCACUACCCCAGAGCUGCUACUCAAGACCUUUGACCACUACUGUGAGUACCGUCGUACCCCCAACGGUGUGGUCCUCGCCCCCGUCCAGCUGGGCAAGUGGCUGGUGUUGUUCUGUGAUGAGAUCAAUCUGCCAGACAUGGACAAAUACGGCACACAGAGAGUCAUCUCUUUCCUCAGACAGAUGGUUGAACAUGGAGGUUUCUAUCGUACUGCAGACCAGACUUGGGUGAAACUGGAGAGGAUCCAGUUUGUUGGUGCCUGUAAUCCCCCUACUGAUCCAGGCAGAAAACCUCUUUCCCACAGGUUCCUGCGCCACAUUCCUGUCGUGUAUGUAGACUAUCCUGGUCCUGCUUCACUCACCCAGAUCUAUGGAACCUUCAACCGGGCCAUGCUGCGUCUCAUUCCUUUACUGCGAACUUACGCCGAUCCUCUUACUGCAGCUAUGGUGGAGUUCUACACUAUGUCCCAGGAGCGAUUCACUCAGGACAUCCAGCCCCACUACAUCUACUCUCCCAGAGAGAUGACUCGUUGGGUGAGAGGAAUCUUUGAGGCCCUGCGGCCUCUGGAAACUCUGCCUGUCGAGGGGCUCAUUCGCAUCUGGGCCCAUGAGGCUCUCCGUCUCUUCCAGGACAGGCUGGUUGGUGACGAUGAGAGAAGGUGGACAGAUGAAAACAUCGACAUGGUUGCACUGAAACACUUCCCCAACAUCGACAAGGACAAGGCUCUCAACAGGCCCAUCCUCUACAGCAACUGGCUCUCCAAGGACUACAUCCCAGUAGAACAGGAGGAGCUGAGGGACUACGUGAAGGCCCGUCUGAAGGUCUUCUAUGAAGAAGAGCUGGACGUUCCUCUGGUGCUCUUCAAUGAAGUGCUGGACCAUGUCCUCAGGAUUGACCGAAUCUUCCGUCAGCCUCAGGGACAUCUCCUGUUGAUUGGUGUGAGCGGAGCUGGAAAGACUACACUGUCUCGUUUUGUGGCCUGGAUGAAUGGUCUCAGUGUUUACCAGAUUAAGGUACAUAGAAAAUACACUGGCGAGGACUUUGAUGAAGACCUGCGUACGGUGCUGCGUCGCUCAGGUUGCAAAAAUGAGAAGAUUGCCUUCAUUAUGGAUGAGUCCAACGUGCUGGAUUCUGGCUUCCUGGAAAGAAUGAACACACUGCUGGCUAAUGGAGAGGUUCCUGGCCUGUUUGAGGGAGAUGAAUAUGCCACCCUCAUGACCCAGUGUAAGGAAGGGGCCCAGAAAGAGGGCCUGAUGCUGGACACGCAUGAAGAGCUGUACAAGUGGUUCACAAGUCAGGUCAUCAGAAACCUCCAUGUGGUUUUCACCAUGAACCCAUCGUCUGAAGGCCUGAAGGACAGAGCUGCCACCUCUCCUGCCCUCUUCAACAGGUGUGUGCUGAACUGGUUUGGAGACUGGUCCACAGAAGCUCUUUACCAGGUGGGUAAGGAAUUUACAAGCAAGAUGGAUCUGGAGAAACCCAACUACAAGGUGCCAGACUACAUGCCCAUUGUCUACGACAAACUGCCCCAGCCACCGUCUCAUCGUGAGGCUAUUGUCAAUGGCUGUGUGUUUGUACAUCAGACACUCCAUCAGGCCAACAACCGUCUGGCCAAGCGUGGCGGUCACACCAUGGCCAUCACACCUCGUCACUACCUGGACUUCAUCAACCAGUACGCCAACCUGUUCAAUGAGAAGCGUAGUGAGUUGGAGGAGCAACAGAUGCAUCUCAACGUUGGUCUCCGCAAGAUCAAGGAGACUGUAGAUCAGGUGGAGGAGCUGCGCCGUGACUUGAGAAUCAAGAGCCAAGAGUUGGAGGCAAAGAACGCUGCUGCCAACGACAAGCUGAAGAAGAUGGUCAAAGACCAGCAGGAGGCUGAAAAGAAGAAGGUGAUGAGCCAGGAGAUCCAGGAAGCUGUGUACAAGCAGCAGGAGGUGAUCAAGGACAAACAGCUGAGUGUGAAAGAGGACCUGGACCAGGUGGAGCCUGCUGUCAUUGAGGCUCAGAAUGCUGUUAAGUCCAUUAAGAAGCAGCACCUGGUGGAGGUGCGAUCCAUGGCCAAUCCACCCGCAGCAGUGAAGCUGGCCCUGGAGUCCAUCUGCCUGCUCCUGGGAGAGAGUACAACUGACUGGAAGCAAAUCCGAUCAAUCAUCAUGAGGGAGAACUUCAUCCCCACCAUUGUUAACUUCUCUGCUGAAGAGAUCAGUGACUCCAUCCGUGAGAAGAUGAAGAAGAACUAUCUCUCCAACCCCGGUUACAACUACGAACAAAUCAACAGGGCCUCACUGGCCUGUGGGCCUAUGGUCAAAUGGGCCAUUGCUCAACUCAACUAUGCCGACAUGCUGAAGCGUGUGGAGCCUCUGCGUAACGAGCUGCAGAAGCUGGAGGAUGAUGCCACAGACAACAAGACAAAGGCAGAGGAGGUGGAGCACAUGAUCAGAGAACUGGAGGCUAGCAUCGCCCGGUACAAGGAGGAGUACGCUGUCCUCAUCUCCGAGGCCCAGGCCAUCAAGGCCGACUUGGCUGCAGUUGAAGCUAAGGUGAAUCGCAGCACAGCUCUGCUCAAGAGUCUCUCAGCUGAGAGGGAACGCUGGGAGAAGACCAGUGAGACCUUCAAAAACCAGAUGUCCACCAUCGCCGGAGACUGUUUGCUCUCUUCUGCAUUUAUUUCCUACGCUGGCUACUUUGACCAACAGAUGAGACAGAACCUGUUCACCACUUGGUCUCACCACCUGCAACAGGCCAAUAUUCAAUUCCGUACAGACAUUGCCAGGACUGAAUAUCUGUCCAAUGCUGACGAGAGGCUGCGCUGGCAGGCCAACUCCUUACCAGCGGAUGACCUUUGCACUGAGAACGCCAUCAUGCUCAAGAGGUUCAACAGGUACCCACUCAUCAUUGACCCAUCAGGCCAAGCUACUGAGUUCAUCAUGAAUGAAUACAAGGACCGCAAGAUCACCAGAACUAGUUUCUUGGAUGAUGCCUUCAGGAAGAACUUGGAAAGUGCCUUGCGUUUUGGAAACCCCCUGCUGGUCCAGGAUGUAGAAAGUUACGACCCUAUCCUGAACCCAGUGCUGAACAGAGAGGUCCGCAGAACUGGAGGACGUGUCCUCAUCACACUCGGAGACCAGGACAUUGAUCUGUCACCUUCAUUUGUCAUCUUCCUCUCCACUCGAGAUCCAACUGUGGAAUUCCCUCCAGACUUGUGUUCUCGUGUCACGUUCGUCAACUUCACUGUGACUCGCAGCAGUUUGCAGAGCCAGUGUCUCAACGAGGUCCUAAAGGCUGAGAGACCGGACGUUGAUGAGAAACGCUCUGAUCUGCUUAAACUGCAAGGUGAGUUCCAGCUGCGUCUUCGUCAGCUGGAGAAAUCUCUGCUGCAAGCCCUCAAUGAGGUGAAGGGCCGGAUCCUGGAUGACGACACCAUUAUAACCACUCUGGAGAACCUGAAGAAGGAGGCAGCAGAGGUGACCAGGAAGGUGGAGGAGACCGAUAUCGUCAUGGCGGAGGUGGAGGCUGUGUCACAGCAGUAUCUGUCCCUGUCUUCUGCUUGCAGCAGCAUCUACUUUACCAUGGAAUCUCUCAAUCAGAUGCACUUCCUGUAUCAGUACUCUCUCCACUUUUUCCUGGACACCUACCACACUGUGCUGUAUGAAAACCCCAACCUCAAAGGCAUCAGUGACCAUUCCCAGAGACUGGCUGUCAUCACCAAGGACCUCUUCCAGGUGGUAUUCAACAGGGUAGCCAGAGGAAUGCUGCACCAGGACCACAUUACAUUUGCAAUGCUAUUGGCUAAGAUCAGUCUGAAGGGCAUGACCAGCGAGCCGCCUUAUGAUGCAGAGUUCCAGCACUUCCUGCGUGGCAAAGAGGUUGUUCUAACAGGAACAGCAUUACCAAAGGUCAAGGGUCUGACCUCUGACCAGUGUGAGGCCAUGGUCCGUCUCAACCGCCUGUCAGCCUUCAAAGACUUGGUGGCCAAGGUGGAGGCUGAUGAUCAAUUCUUCAUGUGGAUUGAAAGCAACACUCCAGAGCUGGCUGUUCCUUAUCUGUGGUCGGAAGAGAAACAGUCCACUACCAUUGGCCAGGCAGUUCACCAGCUGUUGCUGAUUCAGGCCUUCCGGCUUGACCGCCUGUUGGCCAUGUCACACAUUUUUGUUGCAAAGGUGUUGGGAGAGACCUUCAUGAACAUCAUUGAGCAGCCUCUUGAUCUGGCCAAUAUUGUGGACAGUGAGGUGAAGCCCAGCACACCAGUACUAAUGUGCUCCGUGCCUGGUUAUGAUGCCAGCGGACUUGUCAGAGAUCUGGCUGCUGAACAGAACAAACAGAUCACUUCUAUUUCCAUUGGUUCAGCUGAGGGUUUCAACAAAGCUGACAGAGACAUCAACACAGCUGUCAAGUCUGGCAGGUGGGUGAUGUUGGAGAACGUCCAUCUGGCCCCUGGCUGGCUGAUGCAGCUGGAGAAGAAGCUUCAUUCUAUGCAGCCUCAUGCCAGCUUCAGACUUUUCCUAACAAUGGAGAUCAACCCCAAGGUUCCUGUGAAUCUGCUCCGCGCUGGUCGCAUCUUCGUGUUUGAGCCUCCUCCUGGUGUCAAGGCCAACAUGCUCAGGACCUUCAGUAGCAUUCCUGUGGCCCGCAUGUGCAAGGCUCCCAACGAGCGUGCUCGUCUCUACUUCCUGCUGGCCUGGUUCAAUGCAGUCAUCCAAGAACGUCUGCGUUACGCACCACUGGGAUGGUCCAAGAAAUACGAGUUUGGAGAGUCUGACCUCCGCUCAGCCUGCGAUACCAUAGAUACCUGGUUGGAUGACACCGCAAAGGGUCGUCAGAACAUCGCUCCAGACAAAAUCCCCUGGGCAGCUCUGAAGACCCUCAUGGCCCAGUCCAUCUAUGGCGGUCGCAUUGACAACGAGUUUGAUCAGCGUCUGCUCAACACUUUCCUGGACCGAAUCUUCACCAAGAGAAGCUUUGACAGCGAGUUCAAACUGGCUCUGAAGGUUGACGGACACAAGGACAUUAAGAUGCCUGAUGGCAUUCGGCGUGAGGAGUUCAUGCACUGGGUCGAGAUGCUUCCUGACACUCAAACACCAUCUUGGCUCGGGUUGCCUAGCAACGCUGAGAAGGUUCUUCUGACCACUCAGGGCACUGACAUGAUGGGUAAGAUGCUGAAAAUGCAGAUGUUGGAGGAUGAGGACGACCUGGCUUAUGAAACGGAGAAGAAGGAGAGAACCUCGUCCACAUCGGAUGCACAGCCAGCCUGGAUGAGGACACUCCACACCACGGCCUUUAACUGGCUGCAGCUCAUGCCGCAGACGGUCAACCCACUCAAACGCACAGUGGAAAACAUCAAGGACCCACUCUUCAGGUUCUUUGAGCGUGAGGUAAAAAUGGGUUGCAAGAUGCUCCAGGAGGUUCAUCAGAAUCUGUCGGACGUCGUCCACGUGUGUGAGGGCAAGAAGAAGCAGACCAACUACCUACGCACGCUCAUCAGUGACCUGGUCAAAGGUAUCCUCCCUCGCAGCUGGUGUCGCUACACUGUCCCAGCCUCCAUGACUGUGAUCCAGUGGGUGGCAGACUUCAGUGAGAGAAUCAAACAGCUGCAGCAAAUCUCACAGUCAGCAGCCAGUGGUGGUGCAAAGGAACUGAAGAACAUCCACGUGUGUCUGGGCAGCCUGUUCGUACCAGAGGCCUACAUCACUGCCACUCGUCAGUAUGUGGCUCAGGCUAACAGCUGGUCUCUGGAGGAGCUCUGCCUUGAGGUCAACGUCACCAACGCCCAGGGAACUCCACUGGAUGCAUGCAGCUUUGGAAUUAAGGGUCUGAAACUGCAGGGAGCCACCUGCACCAACAACAAGCUGUCUCUGUCCACGUCCAUCUCCACUGAACUGCCCCUCACUCAGCUGCGCUGGUUCAAGGCCGACACUGAGAAGAGACACAUGGUGACUCUGCCAGUCUACCUGAACUUCACCAGGUCUGACCUCAUCUUCACCGUGGACUUUGACAUCGCCACCAAGGAAGAUCCUCACAGCUUCUACGAGCGUGGCGUUGCUAUUUUGUGCACAGAGUAAAAGAAACCAGUCAUUCCUUUUGGACCAAAGGGUCUUAAUUAUGAAACCAUGUGUUAAUCUUUUACAUUCAUGACUUUAUAACCACCAUUAAAACAUAUAUAGUGUGUAGCAUGUAGCAGUACAAAAAUAUAGGCAAGAUAACUUGUGGAGCAGUGACGUAACCAUGCAUAAUGUUUAUAGGAAAGUGACUUGAAAGGUUGAAGGAAAGUUGUAUUGAUGGUAAAAUUAGGAAGGAAUGAAAUGUGGGGGGAAAGAAAAGUUGAAGAGAAUCGUGUUUUUAGGAAAGAACAUGUACGUUUUUAGACAAAAUAAAGCCAACUGGAAGAUGAUGAAUUACA